AUGGACGAUACUGUGGUGGGCAUCAUUGGCAUGGGCGACAUGGGGAAGAUGUAUGCUCGGAAAAUCAGCGACGCUGGAUGGAAAGUACAUGCUUGCGACCAGCCGACAAAGUACGAGGAAUUGAAGGCAGAGUUCGCCAGUAGAAAAAACAUUCAAAUCUUUCAAAAUGGCCACCUCGUAUCCCGCAGCAGUGACUGGAUCAUGUACUCUGUCGAAGCAAAGAACAUUGAUGCUAUUGUCGCAGCCUAUGGUCCUUCAACCAAGCAGGGUGCCAUCGUCGGUGGUCAGACUUCUACCAAAGCUCCUGAAAUCGCAGCCUUUGAGAAACACCUCCCAGCGGACGUCGAAAUUGUGUCCUGCCACUCUCUCCACGGACCUGGCGUCAACCCCAAAGGUCAGCCGCUAGUCAUCAUCGACCAUCGCGCCUCUCCGAAAUCAGUCAAGCUCGUCGAGACCAUCCUCAGUUGCUUCGAGAGCAAGUUCGUAUACCUUUCCGCCGAAAAGCACGACCGCAUCACCGCCGAUACACAAGCUGUAACUCACGCCGCAUUCCUGUCCAUGGGUACUGCGUGGCACGCGAACAAUCAGUUUCCUUGGGAGAUCCCUCGAUACAUUGGUGGUAUUGAGAAUGUCAAAAUCAAUCUCACGAUGCGCAUCUACAGUAACAAGUGGCACGUGUAUGCCGGUCUCGCGAUCUUGAACCCCAGCGCAAAAAGACAGAUUAGACAAUACGCACAGAGUGUGACGGAGCUUUUCAAACUCAUGCUGAGCGGGAACAGGAAAGAAUUUACGGAACGGAUACACACAGCGCGCAAAGCUGUGUUUGGAGAGCCCGCUGAAGGUCACGAUGCCCAAGAUGACUUGCUCCUGCAGGACGAAUUGUUGGAUCGUUUCAGCUUGGGAGAGAAGCCGGCGCAGAGAAUGAAGAACAAUCAUCUUAGUCUACUGGCUAUGGUGGACUGCUGGUGGAAACUCGGGAUCGUACCUUAUGAUCAUAUGAUUUGCUCUACGCCGCUCUUCCGUCUUUGGCUUGGCAUCACCGAGUAUGUCUACAAAUCCCCCGCCAUCCUCAACGAAUGCAUUGAAACUGCCAUCGAAGACGAGUCAUUCCGUGCCGAUGAUCUGGAGUUCACUUUUGCUGCUAGAGAUUGGAGUGAGAGAGUCGAUCUGGGUAAUAUGGAAGGAUAUCGGGAGAAGUUUGAGAAGAUUCAGACCUACUUUGCGCCAAGGUUCGCAGAAGCGACCAAGAUUGGCAAUGAGAUGAUCCGGACCAUCGAAGAGAAUUUGAAGGAGAGGCGGAAGAAAUGA